CGUGGUUCCGUGCGAAAGUCAUUCGACGCCUGACCGUUGUCCGAAUAAAAUAGUUGGAGAAGGAAAUAAAAAAAAAGUUGAUUGCUCUAUUCUCAUGACUUGGGUGGAAAAUGUACGUGUGUGAGUGACCGGAAUGUAGUAGGCGUUGGAGGAGUAUCAUCAAAAACUAUCUGUCCUUCGAGUUUUCGGGAAAAUCGUUUCGUAUAGCCCGCGGGUCGCGCGUGUGUGUGGUGGUAAACCAUUGGACUGUGCGAUUGUCUCCGUUCGCUGGGUGAAUACGGGCCUGGCUGCUCGCGUUCGUUCGUAACAUCAGCCACGGACGGGCGGAUCGACUACGGCAAGGGAUGCCGUGUCUGUGUCUAAGAAAAGAACACUUUUGUCAAGUGGAGAGGAUGAUGAUGAUGAUUUUUUUGCGCGAGCUGGUCGCGAAAACCCCAGCACCGUAAUCAACAGAGUGGUCGUAAGUGAUUGAGAAGGAAGAGGAGGAGAAGAGCAAACGGAAAAUUACGAAUCAAUCCAAGUGUGCCGUGGUGAAGUGAUGAUCAGGUGCUGAUUAGAGGAAUUUUCUCCAAAAGCAAGGAAAAUUUUCACCCGCAACGGGCUUGAUCAUUUCCUAGGAGGCGGUGAAGAGGAAAAUCGAAAUAAAACAAACGAAAAGUGAAGGUAGCAGCCAGGGGAAAAAAAAACCUGUUUGUCUAUUGCCUAUGGCAGAGGGAAAAUUGUGAAAAGUCGAAAGAACAACGAGAAAAGUAUUAAAAAAGUAUUAGGGAAAAUAAAAAUAUCUAUUAAAGUUUAGAGUCUAGCGAGAAGGCGAAGCACAAGCGGAAAACGGAUCGCCCGUGUUCGGAGAACGAGAGAAAUGUCGUACCGUGACACGAAUUCGACGACGGCGACGGCGUCGCGACGCCGGUUGGAGGCUGGCGACGGUGGAAGCAAUGAAAAAUGAAGAAAAAUGUUUGGAUCGCAUUAUAUAACUAAAAUAGAAUCCAUCAGCGUUGUCAUUGGCGUGUAGAACCGUGCGGGAGCGCUCCGUGUGUGAGUGUGUCGAGAGAGCGCGAAUAGUGUGUCGUGCCGUGGUGGUGCGUCGCGAAUGUUUAGUGCGGCGGGCAGUGGUUGACAUGGCUACCGCUGUCGCUUACUGAGAUGCUGCUACUCCUGCUUAGUGGGAAGGAAGAUAAAUAAUUUCGAGAUUAUGCUUCUGGUUGUAUAGCGCGCUGAGAGAAAAAAAAGUGAAACAACGAUUUUUUUCAGCUUCGAUGAAUUGAGGCAGACGAGUGAGUGAGUGAAAUAUAGACGCAGAAAGUCGGCGGCGGCGGCGAACGGCAAGGAAGCAUUCUUCACCCUGGAUUGGCAUUUCUCGGCUAACGAAACGGAAUCUGAUUUGUGAGUCAGCUGCGAUCACACGGCGCGUCAAUCCGGAAGACAACAACGAUAGAGAGAGAGAGAGAGAGAGUGUGUGUGUUGAAAUCAGGACAAAUUUCAAUCUAAUCAAAUCCGCAGGGAAUGCGGUGGUGGUCCGGAGGAGGAGGCAACCGAGCUAGAAAGAAACAAUUUCUGAUGUAAAAAGCGUCCGCGGUUUGACGGGCGCGUGAGGUAGAGUUAGAGAGUGAAAAUUUUCGAGAGGAACAGACGAGCAGGGCAGCAGGAAAGCAGGGAGCAGAGUGGAGGUUUCCCCGUGCGGACCGCUGCCGGGAGCCGGGUGGCCGGGAGGACCGAGAGAGACAUGAGUCUCCGAGGAUUUAUAGCAGUGCUUCUGGUCGGAAUCAACGUUAUUGCAGCCGGAACGUCGUUGCUGUUGGGAUUACUGGUGGCAGGUGCUCGGCCAGUCGGGGCGAGCGAAGGUUUGGUCAGUCAGCUUCAAGAGCAUCAACAGCAGCAGCAGCAACAACAACAACAGCCUCAAUCACAGCAAGCGCUGGUGGUGGUAGAACCACCGCAGCUUGGCCUACUACGAUCACCGCCGGCGGUGACUGAACCCACACCGAAUGCUGCCGCGGAUAUCAUCAACCUGGACCGGGAUGGCGGAGUUAGUUUCAUUCCACGGAAGGACUUUCGACCGCAGAGGGCGGUCCCGGCCGAGUACGCCGGGGCUUCGGCCAUGCCACACUGCGAGUCGUUUACGAUGGGUAACCCGGACCAGAAAAUGCUGUACAGCCCGGGAGCUCCGGGAAACUACCCGAACAAUAGCGACUGCGUCGUAGUGCUGGAGGCCCCGUUGGGGUCUCUGGUGAGGCUAGACUUUCGAGAUCAUUUCCAUAUCGAACCGUCGGAGGAGUGUAAAUACGAUUUUCUAGAGAUCCGAGACGGUGCCCACGGUUUCUCGACGCUGAUUGGCAAGUACUGCGGUACGACCUACCCGCCGAUGAUCACCUCGAAGGACCGCUUCCUCUGGUUGCGCUUCCACUCGGACGAGAACAUCGAGUACAACGGUUUCAUCGUCGUCUACGAAUACGUGCCAAGGCCGACGUCAUCCGUCUACGACGACGAGGGCUGUCGGAUUGAGGUGUCCGGCAUGGAGGGCUUCCUAAACCGAACGGACGUGCCCCGGGAGAAACAGCAGACGGUCAUCGAGCAUGGUCUCGCUCUGGACUGCAUGUGGGUGGUCACCGUAGCCGAUGGAUGGAAGAUUCAGCUUUCGUUCAUCGUGUUCAAGCUGGAAAAGCCCAACGACUGCGAGAGCAAUUUUGUCGACGUGUUUACCGAGCGGACCGAUCUGCCGUCGAGACUGAAAAACUUUUGCGGCUCGAUUGCCGACUCGGUGGUGUCCAAAUCGAACGUGCUGCACAUCCGGUUCUUUGCCGAGGCGUCCGCCAUCAAUUCCACCUUCGCGAUACUGUUCACUGCAUUUAGGGAGAAAGCGGCCGGUGAAAGUUGCAAUGACGACGAGUAUGAUUGCGAGGAUGCCACCUGCAUUUCCGCCGAUUUGCGAUGCAACGGACGGAUCAACUGCCGCUUUCGGUGGGACGAAGACGAGUGUCAGACGAAGAGCCCCGCCCAGUCGGAGCACGUGACAAUCAUCAUGGUGGUGUUCGGGAUCAUCUUCGGCGGCAUGGUGAUUGCGUUCGUGAUCAAGAUCGUGCGGAAGAUCGUUCGCGAUCACAAGAUCAUCCGGGAGCACAUUCGCCAAUCACGGGAAAGCAAACUGAACGAGCUGGGCCGGCAUUCAACCAAGAAACCGGUCGAUCUGGACAUUACCAAAUUUCCGCCGCCAGCCUUCGACAAGGAACCGAUCAACGUGCUGGAGAAUGCUGCCAACAGCUACUACCGGGAGGUGAUCUCGCCUUCGAUGGUCGGGGGUGGCAGCGGUGGCGGAAGCGGAGGAGGAGGCAGCGGUGCCGGGGGAGGAGGGAGCCAUAUGUUUAGCACUAGCAGUAGAAUAGAUUUAAAAAAUGACCCCAGCCGGAGUCAGCAGGAGAUUCAGGACAUUCUGCGGAAUAGCUACCACGAGGAUCCACUGCGAGCGACGAUGGGCAUGAAGGAUGCCGGUAUGUGCGACAUGGCUUGUCAAACGAGGGAAUCGCUCUUCCAACCAGUGUUCAAAAACAAGGUCACUCAAUCGCCGAACCCUAACAGUAUACGGUUCUCAACGUUCGGUUACGAAAAUUCGGGACCUCAGCAGCAGCAGCAGCAGGGUCAGUCGCCCCCAACGCAGCUCCCCUCGGUGACGCCUCCACCGCCAAAGGUGAAACAUCACCACCAUCAUCAUCAUCAUCACCACAUGGGCGGAGGAGCAACGCUAGACCGCAGUAAAGGUAACAAAUUCGAACUGCAGGACCUCAGUGGGACUAGCGGCGGUGGUGUUUCAAUUGGUGUCGGUGGAGAUGAGGAAACGGAUCUCCAUGGCGGCGGAGGUGGGGGUGGAGGUCAUAGUCAUCACCAUCACCAUCAUCAUGCUCUACAGCAGCAGCAGCAGCAGAAGGUAGUACUAGAACGGGAUCUCGACCCGUCGUCGGCGGGCACCAUCCGGAAGUCGGCACCGGAUGUCAUCAUCAUGACGUCGUCGCAUUGACUUUAAAGGGGGGGUGGGUGGUUGGAUAAACGGAGGGUAAUGGGAUUUGUUUGUUGAUUUUUUUUUAUCCUAUGUAGAUUGAUUGGUCUCG